AUGUUCUCCACUUCAGCUGAGUCCCACCCCACCUGGCUUGCCUCCAAAGAUGUCCAGGUGGAGACAGGGAUCGCUAUUCAUAUUCCAGCAGUUGACAACUCCGAGGAGUACGAGUUCCUGCCCGGUCAUUUUGCCAUUGACCGUGUCUUGGAAGUGAAUUUGACCGACCGUGGGUCUACAUACACCGUCAAACUCCAAAGUGGCGAGCGCGAGACAAUGUCAUACUCUCAGCUAUCAAACAUGGACAACGGACUGCAGUCGCUGGGCGAGUUCACGGAAGGAUCAGAGCCCAAUGAGGAAUCAGACUCGAGUGACGAUGAAAGUCAAGCCGUUGGAACACGUCGUUUCUCGCGAUAUGCAUUUCUAUUCACCGACGGCGCAGCAUCUGAGAAUGGAUCCGAAAUGCAAUCGCCGAGAUUUCCUAGCACUCGGCGCCCACCGCGCCGCGCAACUGCAGCCCGAUACACUCACCCCAUAGACUUUGAAGAUUCAGACAACGAUGAUGUUAAACCCGCGUAUGGUCUGCGCCGGUUGAGGAGAAAGAGGUCAACCCCUACCCGUACGUCGAGUCGACAAAGGAAAUCUCUGCGGAAAAACCUACGAGAGCGAUUGGAGGAUGACCUUUCCGAUUAUGAGCCCGUGGCCAAGGCACAGCGACAACAGAAAUUCGCCGGGGCGCGGGAGUUCUUCUACCAGCGUCCACCUGGCGACGAGUUUAGAGAGUGGCACUGCCUGUAUUGCUCCGUCUGCAAGAGCUACGAUGAUCAUCCCGAGAAGGGGCCUUUGGUGUUCUGCCAGGGGUGCACAUCUUCAUACCAUCAAUCUUGCCUAGGUUUGCGAAGCGCUCGAAAGCAUCUAGUCACGAAAAUCCAGGAUGGAUUUAUUCUCCAGUGCCAUAACUGCUUGGGAGUUGACAACGAACGGCACGAUGUAUGCCCUCAUUUGGGCUACUGUGCGGGAUGCAAGCAAGAAGGCCCGAUGUCAACACCUCUGCGAGAGCGUCUUACAUCCCAUGAAGAACAGCAGCUGCAAAUUGAAAAUGGAGGCAUAGGUCCAGUUGCUCCUGUGGAUAUGUCCACAGUCAACCGCAAAAACAUGGACGGUAUUCUUUUCCGUUGCGUCGAUUGCCAUCGAGGUUUUCAUCUACGUCAUUUGCUGGGAGAAGGAGAUUCUGUGGCAGAACAGAGUCAUAUCGAGGCAUUAUUCGCUCAGUUUAGCCUGCACUGGCAGUGCAAGAAUUGCUCUGAUGCCCCUGGAGAUGUGGAAACUAUCGUCGCCUGGCGACCAGCCAACCCUGAAGCCAAAAAAGCCCUGACCGGCCGCCUGGUUGAGCUUGUUCCAGAGAUCGACAAAGAAUAUCUGGUCAAAUGGAAGAAAAUGUCCUACUUCCGUGUCACUUGGGUCCGUGGUGACUGGCUCUGGGGUGUCACUCUCCACACGAUGCGUCAAAAAUUCUUCAACAAGGCUCCAAAACCUAUUUCAAAUGCCGAAGAAGCUAUUCCCGAGGAAUUUCUUCGAGUUGAUAUUUUAUUCGACGUUGUGUACUCAGAGGCUGCGACUAUGCCAGACGACAAAACGGAUCCUGAGAUGGUCGAACGCGCCUAUGUCAAGUACAAAGGCUUACCGUAUGAAGACUCGGUGUGGGAAUCGCCCCCGCUCCCCUUCGAGGCUCAAUGGGACGAUUUCAAAUCCGCUUUCAAUGACUGGGCAUAUCAGGAUAGUAUUCGCCCUCCGCCUGACAUGGAAGACCGUCUCUCGCAGCUUCGAACGCAAAAUUUUGAGACAAGCCUUGUAUUGAACUCACAGCCAGAGCUGAUGACGGGGGUUGGCGUUCUCAUGGAAUAUCAGCUGGAUGGCGUCAAUUGGCUCUAUUACAAGUUUCUACAGCAGAAAAAUUGCAUUCUUGCUGACGAUAUGGGCCUUGGAAAAACCAUUCAAGCCAUUGGCCUAUUUGCGACUCUCAUAGAGCACGGCUGCUGGCCGUUUCUAGUGGUCGCUCCUAACUCAACUUGUCAGAAUUGGCGUCGCGAGAUCAAGGCUUGGGCACCUAAGAUCCGGGUAGUCACAUACUAUGGUUCUUCGCUCGCUCGUCAGAUGGCCUGGGACUAUGAGAUGUUCCCCGACGGCAAAGACCUCCGAUGCCACGUCGUGAUCGCCUCCUACGAGAGCAUCGUCCACGACUGGACUAAGAUUGACAAGAUCAAAUGGGCAGGCUUGGUGGUUGAUGAGGGACAACGCCUCAAGAACGACAAGUCUCUACUCUACAAGCGUCUUCACCACAUGCACCCGAAGCUCGGUUUCCGAGCCCUGCUUACAGGCACACCUCUUCAGAACAAUAUCCGGGAGCUGCUCAAUUUGGUUCAGUUUCUUGAUGCAAGCAGAGAUGCGGCGCAAUUAGAACAGCAGUAUGGAGACCUUACUUCGGACAAUAUUCGGGCCUUGCACGACAUGAUCCGGCCUUUUUUCUUACGCCGCACCAAGGCCGAAGUUCUACCGUUCUUGCCGCCGAUGGUACAGAUAAUCGUUCCCGUCUCUAUGUCUACUGUGCAGAAGAAGCUCUACAAGUCAAUACUCAGCAAAAGCCCAGAGCUGAUCAAGGCAAUUUGUCAGAAAGGCCAAUUGAAGAAAUCCGAGCGGCAGAACUUGAAUAAUAUGUUGAUGCAGCUCCGAAAGUGUCUCUGUCACCCCUUCGUUUACAGUCGCAAUAUCGAAGAACGGACACUUCACUAUGAUGCGGCUGUUUCACACCAGCACUUGGUAGGGGCGUCUGGAAAGCUUCAGCUACUUGGCCUAAUGCUGCCGAGAUUGCGGGAACGCGGACACCGAGUCUUGAUCUUCAGCCAGUUUCUGGAGAAUCUGAACAUCGUUGAGGACUUCCUUGAUGACCUUGGAAUCGAAUACAGAUACCGUCGCCUGGAUGGUAGUUUGACGUCGUUAGAGAAGCAGGCACAGAUCGACGACUUCAAUGCUUCCGAUUCUCCUUAUUUCGCGUUCCUAUUGUCUACCCGCUCCGGCGGCGUCGGCAUUAACCUUGCAAGUGCAGAUACCGUCAUCAUUAUGGACCCAGAUUUCAACCCGAAGCAGGAUAUGCAAGCACUUUCCCGUGCACAUCGAAUUGGUCAGAAAAACACAGUUCUUGUAUUCCACCUGGUUACCCGAGAUACCGUGGAAGAACGGAUUAUGGAAAAGGGCAAGAAAAAAUUGGCAUUGGACCACGUGCUUAUCGAACGCAUAGAGGAUGAAGACGAAGAGGAUUUGGAAUCUAUCCUCCGACACGGCGCUGAAGCACUAUUUGACGAUGAUUCUGCAGUUAUCACAUACACCCCCGAGUCAAUUGACAGACUGUUGGACCGAAGCCAAGCGGAGCAGGCAAUUAAAAUUGUGCAGGACACAACCACUACCGACCAGUCUCAAUUCAACUUUGCGCGCGUGUGGCAGAAUGACCAUGGAACUCUCGAGGACGUAACCGAAGGUGAAAUUACGCCUGUGGAUGGAACGCUUUGGGAUCGGAUCCUCCGAGAACGUGAGCUCGCAGCUGCAAAAGAGGCCCAGGAAAAAGCGGAGGGUCUUGGUCGUGGCAAGCGCAAGCGAGCAGCAGUCAACUACCGUACCAAGGACGAAUCAAUUGAGCUCCCGCCUGUGAAACAGCCGAAGAUGGGCAACACUGAUCAAGAGUUCGAGCCAGCAGAGGAUGACGAUGAGGCUGACGAUGAGGCUGACGAAUCGGAGUCGAGUGAAAUCGAGGCAGCGCCGGAAAUCAUCGAUUUAACGGAGAGUGAGCCGCCUCCGCUUCAAGUCAAACCUCGUCCAUUCGUUCCAGUCCAGUCUCCCAAACUACCCAACUCUUCUCCUAAACUACCAAUUCCUACUCCCAACAACAUCAACACCACACUUCGGCGUGCGUGCGUCGUCUGCGGCCAAAAUCAUCCAAGUGGUGGAUGUCCACUGAAGUUGGCUGGCGUCGAGCACUGUCCGCUUUGCGGUCUAGCGCAUUUCGGCAAGCAUCGCUCUUGCCCACACUUACAGUCUCUAACCCAGAUCCGUCGAAUGAUAGCCGCAUUGUCAAAGAGCACCGAGAACCCAGUACACAUCGUCUUGGCGCAGAAGUAUCUGCGCGGUGUUGUCGGUCACUUGAACGCACUUGAACGGAAGCCGGCUCUCGCUGUGGCUGCCCAACCCACUCAUCAUCAAACCUCCCAGAACCCCAUACCUGAAGGUUCAUUCGCUGCUCGAUUUCUCGCUUCUCAAUCAUCCGUCUUCCAACCCAUCGCUACUGGCUUGACGACCGCGAAGCAGGAUCGGCCGCAUGAAACUUACACUUCACCAUAUUUUGCCCCAGCCCGCCAGGCGCCUGCUUCAAUUCUUCACAGACCUCUGCCUUCUCACCCCGCUGAGGAGGUUUGA